GCGAGGACUGAGUACUGAGGCCUGAGGCCCCAAAGCUUUCGCGUGCAGCACUGUUCUGCUCAACAGUACAGCUGGUCAUUCAACUCGCCUCACAGUAUGUCUAGCUCCCGAGCAGAAUCUCAAGCUUCUCAGUUCGGCCGGAGACGAUCCAACACCGUCACUUCGCAGUACAAGCCUCCGUCCGUGUCCGCAACGCCGCUCAGGCUUGGCGACUCCAAGACGCUCACAACCUGGGUGCACGAUCCAAAAGACUCGCCAAAUGUGCAGCUGAAUCACUCGUGGUGGCCAGGGGUUGCAGAGGGCGAUGUGAUCCGAGUCUCAACAUCUGCGAUCGGGAGCUCGUCCGGGUUUCUGUUCAGUGUGCAGAAGGAUGAAGGGAACAUGAAGCCUCAGUUGCAAGUGUCCGUCCCUAGGCCAGUUGCUGACCAGUUCGGUCUGCGAAACAAUGGAGAGGUCACCUUGACGAAGAUCGACAAGUCGAAGUACUCCGCCGAGUACAUCGAGCUCACGUUCCAAGACCAAUACUUGGGACGCAAUGAAAUGUGGAGAUUAAGCUCCCAUCUGGUCGGCCAGUGCACAUAUGUAGAACAGGAGAUCUCCUUCAUCGGAGUGAUCGCCGCCAAGAUACAAGCAAUCUACAUUGGUGGCAAAAAGGUACCAUCAGCAUACAUCACCUCCUCCACGAAAGCCAUCUAUCGCUCACUCUCCGCAAAAGUGACAAUCUUCAUCCAAGUCUGCCGCGAGCUCUGGGAGUUCGCCGGCGACGGCGAGCGGUACAAUGAGAAGAUCGUGCACUCCUUCCUCCCGACGCUGUUCAACAAGUGGCGCGAAGCGGGCACGAAUCAUAUCGUGACCAUCGUGCUCAUCUCGCGCGUGUUCUACGAUCCAUCCGAGGUCGAUUACGCCGCGGGCCCGCUGCGGCAGGACGAGGACGGGCGCUGGUACAAAGAUUUCUACAAGGUCGUCACUGACCUCGAGGUACUGUACGACUGGAAGCCGACCCUCGUCGGGUUGAAGAACUCGUUCUGGGCAUUUCAGCAGGACAUCCUGCUCACGCACCACUACCAUCGGCCCACCGUCAACUCGCGUGAGCCGGGCCACGCGCGCCUUGUCGGGCAGCUCUCGUAUGCGCACGACGGUCCGCUGUUGGAAGCGCUCAACCUGGGGCUCAAUCCCACCGAGACGCAUUACAUUGACCGGUCGCUCUCGCUCACCGGGUCCUUGACCGUUGUGAUCACACCUGGCACGGGCUACUACCGCAUCUCGAAGCGGCUUCUGCGACUCACGACGACCCGCUUGCUGGACCAGGGCUUCGGUGUUGAGCUCGUCUGUCUCACGAAGCCGCCCCUGCACCAGAGCCCGAUAUUCUCCUUUCAGGGUGUAGAGCCUGACGUACGUAUGGGCGCUGCAGGGUUGAUCGGCUCUCGUGCGCUCGACCCACUCUGGGGUGGCGAUGAGGAGCUGCAGGCAGCUGGGAGGCAGAAGACUCUGUUCUGGUGGGAGCCUUUCUGGAUGGCUACGUCUUUCUGGGACAAGCAGAUGGAUCAUCCGUUCAGGACAGAUAGGUUCGUCGCUCGAGCGAAAAUGCAUGAAAUCGAGAUGCUAGGAUUGCUGGAUAAUGACGUGCUAUCGAACAUCGAAAUCCCAUUCCUCCCUCCGCCGAUGUCAUCUUCCACAUAUUCAGAUGCAUCAGGGAGCGCAUGUAUCUCUAAGGAGGAUGCAGAUGCCUUCGACUCCGAGAUAUUCGCACCGAUACCGGAAACCCAGCACAUUCCUCCAAAUCGUGGCUCCAUCGCUUCGUCAGGGAGCGGCUCGGGCAUUGCUGCGUUGCUGCGACACGACAGCAGCCUGAAGCGUACGUCAUCAGGUCGCAACUCGGAGGCCUCGAUUUGGUCGUUGCACGAUCUGCAGGAGGAGGCUGCCCAGCCGGUUCAGAUGCCUGCAGAUUUAUCUGCGUCUGAUGCAGAGCAAAAGGUACUACUGGCGGCCUCGGCCGGGCUCAGCAGCUCGCCAUCACAGGCGUCGAUCCUGUCGAAUCGUUCAGGGCAUUCGUUGAAGAGUGUGCGUUCUACCGCAUCGUCUAGUAAGCGCCGAUCCAAGCAGAAGCCUUCGGCGGCAACUUCCUCAACCAGAUCUCCCUUCAUGCCGUCUUGGCUGUUUAAUCCGUUCAAGAGCGGGCCAAGCCAGCCUCAGACGACUCCAGUGUCUGGUACCUCAACACGCGGUGCCUCUAUCUCUCCGAGAUCGGAAGCACAGCCACCACGUUCGGUCAUGGCUGCGAGUACUCCGACGGCCGUGCGCACUCCGCAGGUGCGCUCCCCACAAGUGACGAUCAGGACCAUAUCGUCCCGCCGAGAUGCUGAUGAAGAAACAGUGGUAUCACAUCCGGCGGUCUCUCAAAUACGGUCGCCGAUCAGUACCUCUCCGCGCGACAGUUUGGUUAUGCCGAGGCGCAGAAUGAUUGACAAGACCACGUCGAGCGCAAUGUCCGUCGGACCGUCAUAUCACGCGGUCCAGACGAAUCCUUGCAAGCCUUCCUCGCGCGUCUCCUAUAUGCAGUGGUCGCUGGCGCGCAGGUGGCAGCACAUGUUCCCAGAACCGUUCUCCAAGCAUGAGAUCAAAUGGAAGGCGAUGAAGACACCGGGCUGUCUCCCGCUUACGAUAGAGUACUUCCCACCUAUGUCCGAGCUGGAGGCGGCAUACGACAUGACAUUUUACGAUUUCGUCGUGGACCCGCCGGAGAUGCGUUCCUUCCUCGUCCGUCCGCCGUCUGUGAGCGGUACUGCGGACGAGGUGCGCGGCGCAUGGGCGCUUGCUGUGAUGCGGGGGAUGGUUGCAUCGCGUCUCGCCCAAGGGUUCCAAUUCGUCUCGCGGCCAAGCAGGCCGGCACCUCACGAGAUGGAUGUUCCAGAGGUGCUUCGACGUACCAGGUCCUACGUUGCUGAAGAUGAUGCGACUCCCAAGCCGACUGGUGUUUCGGAUGUGCUGAAGUCCCCACACGAUCCCAUAUAUCUGAGCAUGAGCAACGAGAUCCAUCGCAUUGCAUAUCGCGGGGAUUCUAUCCAGGUUCGGCGGUACGUGCGGCGGAUGCCACAGGUACAGCCCUUUCAAUAUCAAUGCUUGAUAUGGCCCAAACUCGGCGUUGGUUACACCGAGCUUUCGACCUCUUUCAUCUCGCAUGGAUUGGAGGGUUACGGAUGGAACCGACUUGACAUGUUAGUGGCAGGCUACGAAACGCAAUUCAACGAAUCGAUUCGCUACUGGCGAACUCGGUUUGUGGUAAUCCCAACUGACGAGCCACCCUCCACAAAUGUAGGCCCAGCAGGGGAAAAGCUGAAUGACGAGGAGGUGCGCUUGUUGGGGAUGGACAAACUAGCUGAACUAUUCUCCAAGGCGCGAUGGUGUCCGCCGGAAGAAAAGGGAAGACCGACUCCUCCAGUUCGCUUCAUUACCACAGAUAUGGAACCGGUGGCAUGCAUCCUCGAUGAGUCACUAAUCGCACAGCUGGACGAGAUCCAUGCAAAAGGACCUCUGCGAAAAAAGACGAAGAGCGAGAGAGAUAUCGCGGAUAUGUCGUUGGCUGCUAUCGCGAAGGCAAUGCGUGAGGAAGAGGGUGUCCCCAUCAAGGAGCAUAGGUGGCAUGGCAGAAAGUAUCCAAACUCCUUCCUAGGAUCCGACUUUGUUUCGUGGCUUGUACGCGAGUUUCGCGAUAUCUCCUCCAGAGAGCAAGGCGUGGAUGUGGGGAACAAGUUGCAGGAGCGUGGCCUCUUUGAACAUUGCAGAGGAGCUCAUGGGUUCCUGGACGGUCAUUACUUUUACGCAUUGAAAGGCGAAUACCUCGUCCCUAUGACUCCUCGAGGCGGAUGGUUCCGCUCUUCUCGUCAAGCGCCAGGUGAUGAUUCUGGUCCACGAACGGGCUUCUACCCAGGAAGUGGUGGCUCCUCCAUCAAGAAAACCAAGAAGCGUCUCAUCAUGAGCCAGAGCAUGGUCAUUGACAUUGACCCAAACAAGCGGAGCGACCAGGCCGAGUCUGUCAUCCUUCACCACGACAUCAUCCACAAUCCUGCGACUUGUUUCCACUUCGAGCUGCAAUGGCUCGGUACUACUGCUCGUUGUAUCGACGACCUUCUGCGACAGUGGAGCCGGACGAUAGAGCGGUACGGCCUAAAGCUCGUCGAAGCCUAUGUCACGCAGAUCUGCGACAUCAGGGAUCGAAAUCCAUUCCAAUCAUGCUUCCCCAUCUCAAUCGCCCUACCGCCGCCAAUCGUGCCUGAUCUAGAUAAGCGAGUUGCAGAUGGAGUUCAGGCCAAGUUUUAUUUCGAAUAUGCAAUGCUCCGCAAGCAUGGCUUCGUCCUCGACAUCGAGGCUGCCGCUCUGUAUCCAGAGCAAGUGGACGUUGUGUAUUCCUAUCGCCGCGCACCUUUCAAGUACUCACAAUGGGUGCAUCGAUCUGGCGUAGCGUUCGUGCAAGUCCUAGGGAACGGCCAGGGGUUCCUGUUCUUGACCAAUCGACUCAUGGCUCCUGGCAGAAUCGGCUCGGCUCUGAAACAUCAGAGGCCAGCAGCGGCUGCCGAGGCGAUACGCAUGAGGCUUGAACAAUUUUGUUCGAAUAAGGAGGCGUUACUCCGGUUUUAUGACAAUGAGCUCGCUCAAUUAGACCAUGCUCUGGAGGAGCCACCUCCUCUUAGUAUAUAGGCAUUCUGCGGCCAAUACAUAAUAUGUCAGCCCUUGAAGCGCGAGUUUGCAUGACUCAAAUGCGCUCUGUUUAAGCAGACAGCCUGCACAUUCU